AUGAAGCUUCCAAUUCUGAUGUUUACUGUGCAUCUGUUAUGGUGGAAAAGCUGUCAGUGUGCACCUACUUGGAAAGACACAACUGAUCUGGAUGAAAAUCUAAAGGGCUUGUCUGUGGCUGGAGAACAAUAUGUAGAUGAAGAGGUGAAGAAAGCUUUGAUUGGAAUUAAGCAGAUGAAAAUCAUGAUGGAAAGAAAUGAAGUAAAACACAAAGAGCUAAUGAAAACCCUGAAGAAAAGCAGUAAAGAAAAACAGGAGGCUCUUCAACUUAUGAAUGAAGUCAAAGAAAGACUGGAAGAGGAGGAAAGACAAUGCCAGGUGUCUUUGACAGGUUCGUGGGAUGAGUGCAAGUCUUGUCUGGAAAGUAGCUGCAUGAGAUUUUAUACAACCUGCCAACUAAGUUGGUCCUCUGUGAUAAAUAAGAUUGAAAACUUUUUCAAGAAAAUGCCUCAAUUAAUUUUUCCUUUUUAUGAGGAUGAAGGCAAAGCACUCCCUAUCACUGGAAAGGCAAAUGAGGAAGAUGCUCUAUUAAACCAAAUGGAGGGCACGUUUAGCCAACUGGCUGUGGAUGUGAACACACUAUUCAACAGAAGCACCGAUGUCUUCAAACAGAUACACCAAGAAUUUGACCAGGGUUUCCAAACAUAUUUCAUCUCAGAUGUAGACUCAACAGAACCCUACUUCCUGCCGGCUUUCUCAGAGACAAUUCCCCCAAAUAUAAAUCUUCUGAAAAGCUGGGAGAUACCCAAUUUCUUUCAGUUGCUUUUUGAUUUCAGCAAAUCAGCUUUGGCAAAUAUUGGUGAAAUGAUUACUGAAAUGCUAAAAGGAAUGAAGGAUUUGCCUGAACAAGAAAAAGAGCCCAACAAAGGAGGCAUGUUUUCAGAGAUUUUCCCUGGACAUACUAGAGUACCAUGUAAAGAGCUUAGUCAGAAUUUGUCUAGAUGUUUUGAUUUUCACAACAGAUGCCAAAAAUGUCAAGAAAACCUCUUGCAAGACUGCCCUGAUGUCCCUGAACUGCACAUGAAGUUUGAUGAAGCCUUUAAACUGGUUAACAUUUCUGAGCAGCAAUAUGCUCAGAUUUUCCAGAUGACCCAGCAUCACAUGGAAGACAUGAUAUUGAUGAUGGGGAAAAUGAGGGAAAAGUUUGGAUGGGUAACUGAACUCUCUCAUUGGACCACAGGACCAAAAAAUAUCUUCAAUAUUAUAAAGGUAGAUCCAAGAACAGGUGAAGGAAAGUCUACUAAUCCAAAUGACACUCUGCUAGAAGUGACCAUCCUAACGUCACCUACUUUCACCAUCAAAGUCCCCGAGCAUGACAACAUAGAUAACUCCAGCUUCAUUGAAUAUGUGGUUGAGAAAGCUUUACAGUAUUACAAGCAACAUUUUUAAGUCUGGUAAGCAAUUCAGCCUUAUUGAGAGCAUUUUCUUAAAAUGUAUAUCUGUAUAGAGAAGUAAAAGAGAUAAAUUACACCAAUAUACAGUGUAUUCUGCGUUUUACAAUUUAAGCAUAAAUAGUCCCAUCCAGGUAAAGUAUUCAUAUCAUCUCGGUUUCCACAAAUUGAAACAAAAUUCCAUACCAUCUAAGAAUGAUUUCAUCAAGUAAAGCAAAUGAACUGCAUUUCUUGCUGUUAAAUACAAAAUCCUCUUUUAAAUAUACAUCCCACAUAGUGUUAGAAUUAGCAGUUCUCUGCUUUGGUAUACAACAAACCUUCAAAUGAAAGUAAGCAUAUUUCAUUUUUUAGUUUUCUUUAAUAAAUCAAGUUGAACAUAUGAUUGAUUUGUGACCAAUCUGGUCUAAGGGAAUCCCUUCUAGGAGGACACAGGGUUUCCCUGUUAAUCUUUGUUUUCUGUUGCUGGUCUCUGUAUCCCCAAAUUCCCUCAGCAUAAAUGCAGAUUAAGUCCUUGACCAAGACCUGAUUUAUGUUUAAAGGAAAGCCUGUGAUCCAGCCAGAGAUGUUGAGAAAAACAAUCCUUUAAUGAGUUCUGAUGCUGAGAAUAAUAUGUAAAAUAAUGGGAGUUGAUUCAAUACAAAGCUUUAGCAGUAGUAAUGGGAAAGAAAGGGAAGGAGAAAGGCUGAACAAUAAUACAAUUAACAAUAAACAAUUUUGUCACAUAUACUGUCAGACUCUAAAAAUAUAUGACCAAAGAACUGCAGAGAUUAUGUAACUGUUAAUUCUGAAAAUACUAAAGAGCUCACAAAGAUUAUAUAUCAACUGUUAAACUGUGGGAAAAAAACCCAAUAAAACAAAAUAAAACCAAAGAUUUCAUAUAGAUUAUCCCCAAAAAGCCUUCUUUAUUCCAUUGGAGGAGGGAACCUGAUAUGUAUGCUAGGGUCUGUUCCAGGACCAAGCCAGCUCAAAGCAGUAUAGGAGUCACAGCAAUAAUGAGACUAGUUUGUGUGGAAAUAAUCCAUUUACAGCAGGUGCUUAUCCAAGCUCAGAGACCCAUUACCUGGAGUUGGUUUGAGACAAUUCUGUGAUUUAGCUAGAGCAGAGUUCAUCCAGCUAGAAGAGCCAAAGAUUAUUGUUAUGGCAAGUUCAGGGUGUAAUUUGCUUUAGGGGCUUUUGCUCUGGAAAAAAAAAAAAGGUAUUUCCUAAUUGUAAGAAAAGAGUGGAGUAAAAAUAGGAGUGGUCUUGAGGUGGGAAUCCUGGCACUAACAUAGAUAAUUACACAUAAAUGCAGUGCUGUAUUGUGAUGCAAAGAGACAUAGGUCUCUUCAUCUGGAAAGAAAUGAGGGGACUACAUAAACUUUGAAUUUGGUGGCCACCUGGAAUUGGUCAUUUUUUAGAUUUUAAGGUAUAUAAGGGAUUUGGGGGAUAUGUAGGUACAAGGAGAAAAAACAAGCUAACUCUUAGAAAGAUAUCAUUUUGGGAUUCAUAGAUGAUUAAUCUUUAAAAAUAUUAUUGCCAGUAUUUUUCCAUGACUAGGCAAUAGACUUUAAGAGGAAACUAUAAUGGAGAUAUUUAAACUACCAGAUCUAUUUUAUAGUGGUGAUCACUUAGAGUCUAGAUAUUUUCUGUGAUUGUUAGAAAAAAACUUCAGUGAUCUCCAUCCCAAAGACUUACUUCUUUAUGAUUUAUCUUCUUAAUGUUUAUAAAGGACCAUAUUUAAUGGGUUGCCUUGGGGCAGUCUCUACCUAUGCUUUCAGUGAAUUUUGUUAUUGACAUUGAGAAAUUUUUGUUGGCAAUUUAAUACAAAUGAGAGCUAUUUAUUAACGUGUCCUAUACAACAUGGGUCAGAAAAAGUUCCCCAAAAUAUGCCCCAGUCAGUGACUUUCUAAUCUGUCAGCACCUAAAUUAUCAUACAAAAAGAAACAAGGCUAACAAGAUUGAAUUCCCAUUGCCACGAUGUGGCAGCCUUUAAGUACCAGGGUCAGAUCUGCUAGCAAAGGGCUGUAACCCUGGGACUUCCUUGAAGAUGACUCUAUUUUCUAGACCUAGACAUUUUUCCCUCUUCACCAAAAUUCUUCAUGAGUUGUAUGCUGUUCCCUGUUCUGGCCUACUGAGUUCCUCAAUAAAAGGCAUUGUACCUUGCUCAAUCUAAUGAUCUCACUCACAUCCUGAUACCUGCCAAAGACAUAGGUGAAACCUUAUCUCUCUUAUGGCUCAAAAGAAAUUACGGUUGAUAUAUUUAAGGAUUGAGUCAUUUCCAUUUAAACUCAAUAAACAUUUAUUCAAGGCUUCCUGGGUGCUAGGUCCCAAAGAUACAAAGACAAGAAUAAAUAAUCUGUCCCUCAGAAACUUUCAGAA